UUCGCCCGUGAGACAGAUGUCGGGUACGCUCCUUGCUCGCCAGCGGUGCGUCUGCAAACAGCGCUUCUUAGUGUAACGACACAGACAAGUGUUUCCACCUGCAAAGGCAAGUGUUAAAGGUGAUAACAAAAGGUUGACGUCACCGGGCUCAUCCUGAUCCUGCCGCACAACCUCGACCACUGAGGAGGUGGAGGAGGAGUGCAGGAGGAGUAGUUUCAGAGGAGGAGAGCAGCUUCUUUGCCAUAGCGUCUAAUGGUUCGUGUCUGGAAGGAAAAGGUCUGUCUCUGAUCAGAUUUCGGGUAUCCUAAGGGCGCACUUAACUAAUGGGAUCCUAUCGAUGUUUCUCCCCCUCCAAGCCCGAUCUUUACACGGCGGAAUGUUAAUGUUGCCACAGCCUGUCCGUGUUGUCUUUGGCUGCUCUGAGUCUGGCUUGAUUGUUUUAGUCGGUCUAUAAUGACAUGGAGCUUGACGGAUAUGAUUAAAAAACAUACCGCAGUAACGCAACACUUCUGUGACUGACUGGACUAUGGAAGUGACCAGGUUUACUCUGCACAUGUGUGAGGAGAAGUGCGUGUCCCAUGUUGCAUUAGUGUCUGUGUGAAAUGCUGGCCUGUCUGCCGGGGCCAGGUGACCUCCCCCUUCAGCUUCUCCCCCACACGCAGAUGAACACUGGACUUCAGAAAUGGGACACCACACAAAGGAUGAGAUCCGCUCCAUUUCCAACCCCUGCAGAAUUGGAUGCAUAUGCUAAGAAGGUUGCCAACAACCCACUCACCAUCAAGAUCUUCCCUAACAGCGUCAAGGUCCCCCAGCGAAACCACGUGCGCCGUACAGUCAACGGGCUGGAUACGUCAGGCCAGCGCUACAGCCCUUACCCUUUGUCUCAGGCCAGUGCCAAGACAGGCCUCCUUGCCAUUGUAAAGGUGCCCACAGUCAAAGGCAUCCUAAAAGAUUUUGACGGCAGCCGGGCUCGCUUGCACCCUGACGUCAUCAUGAACCCUCCCACUAGACCCUACCAAGUGGCUUCGACCAGCACUUUAAACCACCACCCACCUCUGCCGAACCUUACCCGGUCACAGCAAAGCUUACCCCUUCAACCACAGGACCAGCCUCAGACUAUACAGAUGCCCCUCCCUCAGCACCAGGGUCACACCCAGAGCCUCAGACAUCCUCCCUCCAUGGCCCAGCACCCUCAGGGCCCACCCAGACUUCAGACUCUGUCUCAGCACCCAGCCCUUAGCCAGCCGCAGGGGCCCCCUACUGUCAUGCUUCAGCAGCAGCACCUUCAGCAGCAGCCGCCCCCUGGCUUACAGGGGGGCAGAAAACUGCCCGAUGGUGACGCACCACCUAAUGUUACCGUUUCUACCUCAACCAUUCCACUCUCAAUGGCUGCUGGGCUGCACCAGGGCCGCCAGGCCGACCUGAGCACCAUUGUGCAUCAGAUCAACCAGUUCUGCCAAGCUCGAGCCCAAGGUGCAGGAGCCACCUCCAUGUGUGAGGGCCAGAUCGCCAACCCAAGCCCCAUCAGUCGCAAUCUGCUUAUCAGCGCCUGCUCCAGGGUCUCCAUGCACAGCAACCCUGCCACCCCUGGCUUCCCCCCAGCCACCUGCAUUAUUGGCCCUCAUGAGAAAGCCACGGCCCCGGUGGGAGCUCACCCUCCACCUAGCAUGGCUGCUAUGAACCACUUGCCUUCCAGCCACACUGAUCUCAAGCAGCAGCACCACCUGCAGCAGCAUCUGCAUCCACAACAGAAUCAACUGCAACAACAGAUACAACAUAACACGCAGCAGCAGAAGAUGUGCUCUUGGAAUCAGCACCAGUUGGCUCAUGUACCCCACAUUCAGAACGGUGGGACCCACCUCUGCAAGCAGCCUUCCAGGGACCCUGCCUUCCAUUUUAAGGGCAUGGGCUACCCUGCAGAGGUGUGUGUGGGUCAGCCUUACACACUGAAACCUGUCAUAGAGAGGCCCACCCCCUCUCCCCCUGUCAACAACAACGGCAUGCCCGGUCCAAUGGCCCACUACACUAACGGUCACUACUUCCAGUCCCACAUUUGGAACAGCAGCAUCCUACCCACACCCAACAGUGAUAGCUCCGGGUCUCAGGACAUAGCAAUGCCAUUCCACGGUGCGGGCCCAGGGGGGUGCACCACGCUAGACUGUGGGCCUCCUGGGGCUCCCCAUUACAGGCUAGGAGUGAGCUCCUCUUCCACCUCCUCCUCCGCCCAGACUACUCUGAUGCAAACAGCAGAUUACUUGGGUGGGGACUUCCAGACGCCCUACUUCCGCGAUCAGAAUCUAGGGUUGAUGGGCAAGAUGCACAGGCCUACUCUAAGUAGGGUAGGUCCAGAGGUUGGGGAUGGCAGAAACACUCUCAUCCAGCACCCAGGGUACAGAUAAGCUAUGGCCUUGUCUACAUUACGGUUAUCAAACCCCUUUGUUUAGUCUUAAGAGAGGAAACACAUGAAUAACACUAAAUUGAUAACUUAAACAAAUGACCGCUAAUGUUAAAGACAGUAAAUUAAUAUAUUUAAUGAAGAACAGUAUUUUUUUUCUUCUUUUUUUAAUAAAUCUUGCAAGUGAUCAAUUGCUCCUUUUAUUUUUUUUAAUGAGUGCAUUUACCUGGCACCUUAGGGAACUUUUUCAUGUGCGUGUGUGUACAUGUCUAUACUGUGUGUGUCAUUCCCUGCUUCUUCCUCUAUCAUUCUUGUCUAUCUGUGUGCCUGGGUCUUAACAGAUCCUGUGUUAUUUCAACUUCAGACCUAUCGGUAAAGUUUUCUUAUGCAUGUAAGAAAGAAGAAAAACAAACAGAUUCCCACUAAAAAUCUACUGAUUGAUGUUUUUUACAGGGUCUUUACAGAAUCUUUUUGUUGUAUUAGACAAGUGACUAAUUUUCAUUAUGGUGUUAAUACUCAAAUCUCAUAGUAACUUCAAGAUUAAACACAAUCAUUAGAGGACUUAAAGAGUAAUGAUCUUGUUUCAAUGCAAAGCUAUCAGACACUGGAGACUACAAAGUACAGCUUGUGGAAUGCACAUGUACACGGAGGUUUUAUUCUUUUUAAAUGUAAUUAUUUAUUUGUAUAAUAGGACUAUUCAAGAUUGAUUCCUCUCUGUCAGAUAAGGAAGCAUGUAAUCAAGUUGUUUGUACAUAGUAAAGAUCCAGCAGGGAGCAAAUAUGUUAAAAAAAGGUGAUGCUCUGUUCUGCUUAAAAUGCUGCAAUGAAUUCAGGAAUUCAGACUUUUGUCAGUGCCAGGAAGGUUUGGCAACAAGAUUGUGAAAUGGUAAGUGCAGAAGAAGUCAUAAAAGCUUAACUCUCAUACCUUAAAAUGGCCAAAGUCAGGUUAACAAGGACACACUGUUAUGAAAUUGUGCCAUUUUAUUUUUGUUUCCUUUUCAGAUCGUUUUUGUAAACAUGACAAAUGUAUUACUUGAAUGUUGAGAUCAUUUGUUUUGCAGGUAUUGAAGGGGAUGGGUUAGUUAUGAGGAAAAAACUCUGGAGUAGAAGAAAUAAUAGUGUUACUAAUGUCAUGUAGAAUCUUACUACGAGACUAAUCAGAGUUUUGAUCCUGACAGCAGGAAUUUAGAUGAAUUAAGUUGUGUGUAGUUGCUACUGAUUCUGAUGUGAAGUCUGCCUGAAAAGACCAAAUUGAUCACUUGCAAGAUCACUUGGGGGUAAACAAAACUGACUUACGUUUAAAGUGAAACAGCAAAUGCAUUGUUUAUUUUAUUGUACACUGGCUUACCUACUAGACUACUGUAACUUUAAAAUGUAAUGAUUGUGUGUGAAUGUUGCCUGCUGAUGUGGGUAGAGUUCAGGGUGUGUGUGUGUGUGUGUGUGUGUGUGUGUGUGUGUGUGUGUGUGUGUGUACGUGUGAGAGAGAGCGUGUGUGUGUAUAAACACAAUGACACCCAUGUUUUGUUCACCUAUCUCCCUAACAGCCCUUAAAAAGCCUUAAGUGUUUAGUCCUUGGACUUUCCUUUGCAAAUGAGCAUGGUUUUAAUGAAAACCCCAAACAAUAAGGAGAGAGAAGAUGGUAAGGAUACACAGAAAUAGCAUUUUUUUCUGGUCUUUUUAUUUUAA